CCCACAGUUAAAAUUUGCUAGCACACCUUCACUAUAAAAAGACACCAAGCUGGCUGCUCAGAAAUCCCACAGGCUUAGGAUCUGGCUCCUUGGCAGUCUGGAUUGAUUCGCUUUCCAGUAUUCCUGGUAUGAUUUCUACACAGCACCAGUUGAUCCUUGAGCGAGCACAAAGAAUAAUGGAAAAGGAAAAACUGCUUGAAGAUAAACCUGAAUUUGAGGACAGCAACUAUUCUCUAGCAUCUGAAUCAGGGCCACGUGUGUUCCAAAUAUUGCAGAAAUGGGUUCCAAGGGCCUCUUAUUACUUUGACAAAGAACAUUAUUGUUACGCUGGCCACCAGAUCAUCAUUCAUGAAUCCAUCGAAAGCCUCGGAGCCGUAGUAUGGCCUGGUGCUCUUGCUUUGUGUCAGUACCUGGAAUCAAAUCAACAAGAAAUCAACCUCAGAGAUAAGAAGAUACUUGAAAUUGGAGCUGGAACAGGUCUGGUGUCCAUUGUAGCGAGUAUACUAGGUGCUUUUGUUACUGCUACUGACUUGCCUGAGGUACUUCAAAACCUGGAGUACAAUAUUUCAAAGAACACACAGAAUAUGAAUGUUCACAAGCCUGAAGUAAGAAAGCUGGUUUGGGGAGAGAAUCUCAAUGAAGACUUCCCUAAAGCAACUCAUCGUUACGAUUUCAUUGUGGCCACAGAUGUUGUGUAUCACCACACAGCUUUGGAUACUCUUCUAGAGACAAUAGGCUACUUGUGUCAGCCUGGGACAGUCUUGUUAUGGGCAAACAAAUUCAGAUUCAGCACAGAUUAUGACUUUUUGGACAAAGUCAGCAAUAUAUUUAAUGUCACACAACUGGCAGAAUUUCCAGAGUCAAACGUCAAAUUGUUCAAAGGUACAAUUCGAGAAAAUUAAGAUCUGGAAGAGUGUCAGAAUCCUGAACGAGUAGCAGCCUAAAAGUUUUGAUUGAGUGGUCAUUUUAGACAUUAACAGUCUCUGUUUUGUUAAGAUCUGGAACACUGUAACCUUGUGGUAAACUUCCCCUCUUCAAGGAAUGAGGGGAUGAAGAACAUUAAAACUUUCCCCAAAAUCAGGUGUGCAACAGGUGUCCAAUGAGCAGAUUCUACCGGCCAAUACUCAUCCAACCCAUCGCUCAUGCAGUCUUUUAGCCAGACGAUCACACAGGCAUGUGCCUCUUCUUAACUAAUACAAUGAUAACCACAUUCUAUUAGCACCCUCCUCCCAUUUUCUCAUAAAAUUAUAGGGCAUGAAAUCUUUCACCCCACUGCUGUUGCUCUAGCCACACCCUGCUCCUAGAAACAGAAGGGAGAUUACUAUUUUUAAUUCUACAGUGAGUUCCCAUGACAAUAAAGAAACCCACCCUAUUAACAUCAAGGGGCUAUAAGGUAAUUAGUCAAGAUACUAACACAUAAUUUCAGACUGUGUCAUGAAUGUGUGAAAUCCUCCAACAGGGUUAAAUGGGUAAACUCAUUCAUGAUCAUGGAGAACCUGUAUUUUUUUUUUUCAGAAUAAAACAAUCAGCCUGCAAACAGAGCUGAUUAGGCAUAAGGAAAUUUUUACUCAAGUGCAUGAAUGUGCAUACAAAGCACAGUAUGGCAGAUCUGUGACCAUCUAUAUAAUAUGUUCUAACUACUUUUUUUAAAAAGCCCUCAAGCUAUUAUUGAACCGCCGACUACUCCACAAAUGGCAUAUGAACUAAAUUCUUUCACCAACGUAAUUUCUACACUGCUACAAAUAUAACAUUUUUAUUUGGCCUCCAUGAAGUCACAUAUGCAACUAAUGGUUUCCUCUCAAUUUUCUCAAAAUUUAACAGUAAAAGUUAAUGCCUCCUUUAUGUACUCUUGAGAAAGUAGGACAGGUCUCAGCUUUGUUACUUGCUUUAUUAUUUUAACAAAAUUAAACCACUGAGUGCUCAGAUUUUUGAUACUGAAAUUUGCACAUUUAUUCUGCAGUUUUACAUUUUUUCAAACAUUAUUAACAUGUAUGUAUAAGUUUUACAAUACCUGAUUAAGUGUUUACUGUCUAACACUUUAUACAUGUAUCAGUUUACCCUGAUACUCUGUAUCGCAUGGAUAAUUGAGAGUAUCUCCAAGUUGAAGAUAUUGAAGAGCACCUUUGCACCAGCAAUUCAGAAUACAUUUGCAGUGAGAGUGUGAAACUUUUAUUAUUAUUUUUUUUAAAAAAUUCAAAAUGUAAACUCUUGCAAGUGGUACUGGUAAUUAAGUUCCAUUAAUGUUAAGUCUAAUAAAUAAGGUUUUAGCUACUUUU